CGGGGCUCCGCACAGGGAUGUAGUGCUGGAGUCUUGAGAGAGUUGCAGCUGGGGGAUUUCAUCUGGUGUCUUCCAUGGGGAAACAGGGACAAACACAGCAUGGAGCUUGUGUCACCAUAAUCCAGUAGGCUACCAAGGCUUUUUAUAAAGACAUCAGAAUGGAGCACAGUACUGGAUUUGUUCGACUGAAGUGAACACAUAGUUGAACAAGGCCAAAUAAAGAAGAAUAAUGUCUAAAUUACGACUAUUUUGUCUGCUUCUGCUGCUGGGUUCCAUGAUUUUAUUCAUCAUUGUGUAUUGGGACAAUGUUGGAACAUCUAACUUUAAUCUCCAUACUUCUUUCUCCAAGUCUGUACACCCUCAUUCAUCUGGAGAACAGUCAACCUCUGCCCCAACAGAGGAGGAUAAUUUUAGGUCUGACAUAGAUGAAUUUUUAGAUAGUUUUCUUAGUUUCACUCCAACAAAGAAUGAAUUCCAGAGUACAAAACCUGACGUAUUGCCAUUGAAAGGUUCAAGCAGUUUGGAGGAAAAUGUUAGAGGCUAUGACUGGUCCACCAAGGGUAGAUUAGAAGAGGAAAGUAUUGACCAAGAAUGGGUACAGCAAGAAAGAAAAUUGCUUUUGCGUAAUUUCUGUGCUAACUCUAGUUUAAGUUUUUCAACCAAGAAGCGCUCUUUUGAUGACAUUCCUAAUCGUGAGCUUGAUCACUUAAUAGUUGAUGAUCGCCAUGGGAUUAUUUACUGUUAUGUGCCAAAAGUUGCUUGCACUAAUUGGAAGAGGGUGAUGAUUGUACUAAGUGAGAGUCUCCUAAAUACAAAGGGAGUUCCAUACCAGAAUCCAUUAGAAAUUCCCCGUGAGGAUGUUCACAAUUCAAGCAGCCAUCUGACAUUCAACAAGUUUUGGCGUCGCUAUGGAAAAUUCUCAAGGCACUUGAUGAAAAUAAAGUUAAAAAAGUAUACAAAAUUUCUCUUUGUCCGUGAUCCUUUCAUCCGUUUAAUAUCUGCUUUCCGUAGCAAGUUUGAGUUGGAGAACGAGGAUUUCUACCGUAGCUUUGCUGUACCUAUCUUGACCCGUUACUCAAACCAAACCAAUGUUCCCAGCUCUGUGGGUGAAGCCUUCUCCUCCGGCACAAAGCCUUCAUUUUCUCAGUUCAUCCAAUAUCUUCUGGAUCCUCAGACAGAAAAACAGAAACCAUUUAAUGAGCAUUGGCGACAGGUUUAUCGCCUAUGUCACCCCUGCCAGAUUGACUAUGACUUCAUAGGCAAGUUGGAAACUCUAGAUGAGGAUGCAGCAGAACUUUUAAGACAAUUAAACCUAGACUCACAGUUUCAGUUUCCACCAAGCUACAGGAACAGGACUGCAAGUAGCUGGAAAGAAGACUGGUUUUCAAAAAUUCCUGUAGCUUGGAGACAGGAGCUUUACAAACUGUACGAGGCAGAUUUUGUUCUCUUUGGCUACCCUAAACCAGAUAACUUAUUAGACGUGUGAGAUAAAAAAAAAACAAGGAAUACCAAAAACACAACAAACCCCAGAACUACAACAUUCUGUGCUGCCUUCUGUCAAAGAUUUUUAGGGAUAAUAUAAUUUUAUAUGUUCUUAUUUUCCUUCUAUUUUCCUAUUUAUAUUUGUCCACAAGGGUUAAAAGGACACUGAACACAAUUUUUUUUCUUUCAUGAUUCAGAUAGAGCAGAAAUUUUAAGCAACUUUCUAAUUUACUCCGAUUAUAAUUUUUUCUUUGUUCUCUUGGUAUCUUUAUUUGAAACAGCAGGAAUGUAAGUUUAAGAGCCGGCCCAUUUUUGGUUCAGCACCCUGGAUAGGGCUUGCUGAUUGGCGGCUGCAUUUAUCCACCAAUCAUCAAGCGCUAUCCAGGUGCUUAACCAAAGAUGGGCUGGCUCAUAAGCUUACAUUCCUGCGAUUUCAAAUAAGGAUACCAACGGAACGAAGAAAACUUAAUAAUAGGAGUAAAUUAGAAAGUUGCUUAAAAUUGCAUGCUCUAUCUGAAUCAUGAAAGAAAAAAAUUGAGUUCAGAAUCCCUUUAAGUAUUAUAUGAAAUAAAGCUCGUUGUUUUUUUUUUCUGUUGGCCAGAUUUUGGGGUAUUUGAAAGAGAUAUUUUUUACAGACUGUUUGCAAAAACGCCCUUGCGUUCCUCUGUGCCAAGCAAGGACGCAUUUUAUUGAAUGUUUUUUACUACAGGUGUUUUCCAUAUUUAAUGUAUUAUUUAAACUAUUUAAUACAGAAUGUGAAGUGAACUUAAGACAUAAGUAAAUGCUUUGCUGUA